CAAGGUGAUUUACAUUAUAGCUACACUGUGUUAAACACGAUCAACGUAUAUAUAUCAAUCGCAUGGACUCUUUUCCGCAACGUUAAAGUGUAAACAUUACUUUUGGAUUUUACUAAGUGAAAUGGACACCGAUAUUCAGAGAUGUUUCCGGUCCAAAACGGUUUUUUUAACUGGAGCAACGGGUUUUUUGGGAAAAGUUAUUAUUGAGAAACUUUUGAGGACCACGGAGGUAAAACGAAUCUAUGUACUGAUCAGACCAAAGAAGGGAAUUGAGAUAGAAAAGCGGAUUAACACAUGGUCAAAGGACGCGGUUUUUGAACUGCUGCUCAAGUCCAAGCCGGAGGCCCUUCAAAGGGUUUGGCCCAUCGCUGGAGAUUGUCUGGAAUCCGAUUUGGGUAUUGCCGAUAACGAUCGAAGGCUUUUGGCCUCCGAGGUGCAAAUUGUCAUCCAUGGAGCAGCCACCGUAAGAUUUAAUGAACCUCUUCAUGUGGCUCUGGCCAUCAACACAAGGGCCACCCAGCUAAUGAUUCAGUUGGCGAGGGAAAUGAAGCAGCUAGAAGCGUUUGUUUAUAUUUCCACAGCCUUCUCCAAUUGCAUUAUUUACGAUAUCAAGGAGAGUUUCUACCCAGACCACCUGAACUGUAGUGCGGAUAAGGUUCUAGCCAUAAGUGAGCUAAUGAGUGACGAACUGCUGGAUAACAUGGAACCUUCCCUCCUUGGAUCAUUUCCUAACACUUACACCUACACCAAAGCCCUGGCCGAGGAUGUAAUCCUAAAGGAAGCUGGUGGCUUACCGCUUUGCAUUUUUCGGCCAGCAGUCAUCAUUGCGGCCCACAAGGAGCCCAUCUCUGGCUGGAUUGACAACAUGUACGGACCAAUGGCCAUUCUUUUUGGAGUUGCCCGCGGGGUGCUGCGCAUAGCAACCAUCGAUGACAAAGCCGAAGCGAGUCUGGUACCGGUUGACUACUGUGCCAACAUGGCACUGGCCUGCACUUGGAAAACCAUCGAGGGUGGGAGGGCAAAUAAGUCACAGGAGAACCACGUCAUCUACCAACUGGCUCCAAAGAGGGAAAACAAAAUCACCCAUGGAGAAUUCAUUCGACACGCUCUCGACGGAAGAUCCUAUUGCCCGCUAACGAAAAUGAUAUGGUAUCCUUUUAUUCACUGCAUCACACUGCCAUGGCUUUAUCCUUUUGCAGCUUUCUUCUAUCACACUCUGCCAGCCUACUUCUUUGACUUGGCUCUUUGGAUGAGUGGAAGAAAACCGCGACUGGUUAGGGUCUACCAGAAAAUACACAAAACACUGGGCAUAUUGGGGCCUUUUGCUUGCAAAAGCUGGCAGUUUGACAUGCGGAACACGGAUCAAUUAAGAGAGUCAAUGUCGGAGGUGGAUCGAAGUUUGUACUACUUUGACAUGGCCAACUUGAACUGGAAGGAGUACUUCCUAUGUGCUCUUCGCGGUAUGAGGCAAUAUCUGGGAAAGGAGCCACCCACUCCGGAAUCAAUAGCUCAAGGCAUGAAGCUGAUCCAGCGGUUAAAACUGCUCCAUCAUAUACUACAGUUCUUCCUUUGUUGUCUGGCCGGACUCGCAGUGUUAUCGUUGGUCAAGCUCGUUUUGUGAAUUACGUACUAACACAGGGCGCUUCCGGAUUUACAUUUUUAUAGAAACUUUAUAGACCCUAUAAAUGCUUCACUAAACAAAUAUAUACAUAUAUCAGUGUAA